GGCAGCCUGGCCUGCACGGCAGUGGCUGCUUGGGCCUGCGCAAGGCGGCGCGGCCCCACGGCGGUCGGGCCCGCCCCGCCGGUGGCUUGGCCUGGUGGGCCGGCAGCGCUGGCAGGCGGCAGCCCCGCCACCUUGCCGGAGGUCGCCGCAGCGCAGGUGAGGUGGCCCUGCGGGCGGCCAAGCUCCAGCUGACGCAGUGAGAUGGCCGUCGCCCCAGCAGCCCACCUUUUUGCACAGGUGGGGCUACAGUAGGGCGACUUCUUCCUCGCCGAGCACGCCGGGUUCCCAGAUGUGUGGCACGCACAGCUGGUCAUCCAAGCGCCGGAUGGCCCGAGCCAGGUGUGCACGCUAUAACCCCCGACGACGACAGCUACGAGGAGGACCGCCUCGCGCCGGCGGAGGUCCGCCGCUGGCUGCCCUGUGACGGGGGCCGCAUGGGCGCCUACCCGGUGGCCGUCGCGGGUGGCCACGUGCACGGCUUCCGCGGCGUCCCAGCCCUGGCGAGGAUCGCGCAGGUGCUCGCGGCAGCGGCGGCUCGGAUGGGCCUCGCCCUGGCGCCUGGCGCGACGCUGGUGCCCAACCUCGUGGGUGCGGGGGCUGGCCCGCGGCCGCGGCCUGGCGCCCGAGCUGCUGCCUCUCUGGCUGCGGCCGUGGCGGUGGCGGCCCCUGGGGUGGCACCUGCGGUGGCGGCCCCCCCGGGCCUGCUGGCGGCUGCGCCGCCUGCGGCCGGAGCGGCGUGAGUGGCUCCCGGGGGCGGCGGUGGCGUUGCGGGCCUGGCAGCUGCCCUG